AUGCGUCAGGCACUGUUUGUGCUGACCGUUUGCGGAUGGGCUCAUGCGGAUCUGUUCACUUCGAUCGCCGACAUGCAGAACCUUCUGGAGACGGAACGGAAUAUUCCGAAACUUUUGGACAAGUACAUUCACGAAGAGGAGGAACGGCUCGUUCAGCUGAAAAAGUUGGCGGAUGAGUACGCGUUGAAGAACGAGAAGUCGAUCGAGACGGGCCUUAAGGACAUCACCAACCCGAUCAAUGCGUUCUUGCUCAUCAAGAGAAAGGUUAGACUUUCAAAUUUGUGCUCUUAAAGUCAGUUAAUUGAAAUCGAUGUAUCUCAACUGUUUGUAGAGAUAUCAAAAAGUGGUCAACUGAUAAAAUGUACAAAAUGUCUUAAUGAAAAAUGUGUUAGUUGACAGCUUUUUGAUAUCUUUUCAAGCAGCCGAGAUAUCUCGUCUGAAGCUAGAAGCAAUUACAUAAAUUUCAACUUUUCAGAUCUUCGACUGGAAAGAGAUCGAAUCGAAGAUGAACGCGAACAAAGCCGACGGGAUCGUGGCCUCCAUGACCGGAGAGAACUACGGAGUUCGGUACCCGACCGCCGACGAUUUGAGCGGAGCCGCCACCGGUCUGCUCCGUCUCCAGGACACUUAUCGAUUGGAUACGAAGGAUUUGGCCGACGGAAAGAUCUAUUCGGAUCAGGGAAAUUACACGUUCUCCGGUAGGAUUCACUUCAUUUUUGUUGACUAAACUGUCGUUUUUAAGCCAGAGACUGCUUCGAAAUCGCGCGCGCCGCCUACAAUGAGCACGACUUCUACCACACGGUCACGUGGAUGCAAGAGGCUCAGAGAAGACUUGCCGAUGAGCCGGAGCCCACUGCUGAUAUUGAGGAUGUACGUUUUAAAUUUCUUUCAAUAAGGAAAUAGUGCCAUUUUUCAGAUUCUCGAAUACCUCGCGUUUGCGCUUUACAAACAGAACAACCUGAAACAUGCCUUGAAGCUCACUGAGGAAUUGCACAAAUUGAGUGUGUUCUUUCCCUUUUUCCCUCUUCUCCUUUCAUAUUAUUCUUCUGCCAGACCCCUCCCACCCUCGCGCGAAGGGAAACGUCAAGUGGUACGAGGAUCUUCUGGAGCAAGAAGGCGUCCGACGCAGUGAAAUGCGACGCAACCUGCCGGCGAUCCAGAACCGUCGGCCGGAUUCCGUGCUCGGAAACACCGAACGAACCAUGUACGAGGCGCUGUGCCGAAACGAAGUCCCAGUGUCUCAGAAGGACAUUUCCCGCCUCUACUGCUACUACAAACGCGACCGUCCGUUCCUGAUCUACGCGCCGAUCAAGGUGGAGAUCAAGAGAUUCAAUCCGCUGGCGGUGCUCUUUAAAGAAGUCAUCUCGGACUCUGAGAUCGCAGCGAUUCAGGAGCUGGCGAAGCCGAAACUCGCAAGAGCCACAGUCCACGACUCCGUCACCGGCAAACUCGUCACCGCAACUUACCGUAUCUCGAAGAGCGCGUGGCUCAAAGAGUGGGAGGGCGACGUCGUGGCGAAGGUGAACAAAAGGAUCGAGCUGAUGACGAAUUUGGAGAUGGAGACGGCCGAGGAACUGCAGAUUGCCAACUACGGAAUCGGAGGACACUACGAUCCUCACUUCGAUCACGCCAAGAAGGAGGAGAGCAAGUCUUUCGAGAGCCUCGGAACUGGAAAUCGCAUCGCUACCGUUCUAUUCUAUGUGAGCUCAUUUAUCAAAGUUUUGUGUCAAAUCUUCAUGUCUUGUACGUUAUUUUUGUAUCUUCACUCCCAAGAGUACUGUAGCUAAACGUGUAGAGCAACUUCUACAAGCGACAGUAUUUUUUGGAGAGGUUGUACUAACAAGUUGUCAACCACAAAAACAAAGUACUAAACAUGAGGCUUACACCCAAACGUUUUUGGAGCAAUAGGGCUUCAUCAGGUGCUGCUAGACCAACACAAAGUUAACCUUCGAUCCCCUUCAGAUGUCCCAACCGUCGCACGGAGGUGGCACCGUCUUCACCGAGGUCAAAUCGACCAUUCUGCCCACGAAGAACGACGCGCUCUUCUGGUACAAUCUGUACAAACAGGGCGACGGAAACUCGGACACCCGCCACGCCGCCUGCCCAGUUCUCGUGGGAAUCAAAUGGGUAAGCUGUCGGACUACCUUUUUGGACGACGAUUUAUUGAAACCGAUAUUGUAGGUCUCGAAUAAGUGGAUCCACGAGAAGGGCAACGAAUUCCGUCGUCCGUGCGGCCUCAAGUCGUCGGACUACGAGCGAUUCGUCGGCGACCUCGGAGUGGGCCCGGAGCCCAGAGACACUCCGAACCUGUCGCCGAGGCUCGGAAAGGAUGUCUGGGAGACAAUCUAA